AUGUGCGAUCAGUGGAAUGACGUCUCCAGUGCCUAUGCGGUAGAAGUCGAACCCUUUACCUCGUUAUUCGCAGGUGAUCUGGUGGACUUGUUGGAGUUACAUGCCGAUGAAGUGGUGAUUGACGCUGCGGCUGGCUCUGGAUGCGUGAGUCUGCUGUGCGCACCGAAGUGUAAGAAGGUGUAUGCCACAG